AUGGACGACGAGCUAAUCAACCCGUGCUCCUCCUUCCCUGUCUGUCCGCCGUCCUGCCAGCUCUCCACAGUUGAAGUCGAGCACCACAACCAGUUUAUCGAGUUCGCCUCCUGCGAGGUCCCCGAGCAGUGGCUGCUCAGCGACGUCGUCGUUCCGGCCAAGAGUGACGACGCGGGCCGCCUGUGGCCCGAGUUGUCCCUGCUCUCCACGGUCUCCGACUUCUCUGAGCUUCCAACUGUGAGCCUCCCGGCUUCCACGAAGCCGCAGCCGGCGGCCAAGCGGCAGGGACGUAAAUCGGGAACCCGCUCCCAGCGGCCCAACGUUAGCCACGUGGAGGCGGAACGGAAGCGGCGCCAUAAGCUGAACCGUCGCUUCUGCGACCUCCGCGCUGCCGUGCCCAACGUGUCCCGCAUGGACAAGGCCUCUCUCCUCGCCGACGCGGUCACGUGUAUCGCCGAGCUCCGCAGCCGACUGUCGCGGUUGGAGGACAAGAGCAAGCAGGCGGCCGCCGCGAGGUGGGAGAAGAGCGCGUCCUCCCGCUGUUGCGUUGGCAACGACUUCCAGCAUCACCUUGCCGGCAACGAGGCAGUGGAGGUGCGGAUGCUUGGUCGGGAGGCGGCGGCGGUGCGUAUGACGACGGCCGCAGGGUCCGUCCCGCAUGCGCCAGCGCGACUAAUGGGCGCGGUCCGGUCACUGGAGCUGCAUGUGCAUCACGCGUGCGUGAGCUGCAGGCCGGGCGAGACGGUGCAGGAUGUGGUCGUUGACGUGCCCGCUGCGCUGCAGCACGAUGAUGGCGCCGCCCUCCACUCCGCGCUGCUCCUGGGGUUACAGGACAGCGCCCAGCCAUAG